UCCUGUGUUUGUAAACUGAGAAAAACUGGAACUCGGGCGAGAAACUAAAAGGGCGAUAUACGAGGAAACGAAGGGGGUGAGUGCCAGAUGACUGGGGUGGGCGACGUGUCCUGAUAGACAGACUAUCUCCAGUGACGUUCCCCUGUCACCCACCCACCCCACCCUUACGCUUCGGGAUCACAGCGAUGACGCAUCUGCCAAGUAGCUCGGUCCGAGACCACAUGAAAUGGGCGGGCUUGCUGGGAUGCGAGGCUGUGCUGUCCAGCAUGGCGCUGAUGCAGGCCAGCUCCAUGGCAGGGCAGAAGAAGAUGCUGUCCCCCCUGGGUCAUGGACAGAGGGAUGGCCCGGAGCGUGCCCCACAGAGUCACAUGAUCCUGCCCUCUGGGAUGAGCUGCCCACCGCUGCUGAUCAGAAAGGAGGGCGAAUUCCACUCCGCUCGGCUGCUGGAUGAGAAGGAAAUGAGAGAGAGCGAGGAUUCGCAGCUGAAAAAGAAGAACAGGAAGUCUGGAACGCCCUGCAAAGUGGUGGUGGUAGAUGAGAACGGAGAGUGUCCACUCAAAGUGCAGAAGAACUUCAUCUGUGAGCACUGCUAUGGUGCAUUCCGCAGCGGAUACCACCUGAAGAGACACAUCCUCAUCCAUACAGGGGAGAAGCCGUUUGCAUGUGAUGUGUGUGACAUGCGAUUUAUUCAGCGUUACCACCUGGAGAGACACAAGCGAGUGCACAGUGGGGAGAAGCCCUAUCAGUGUGAGCGCUGUCAACAGACCUUCUCCCGGACAGAUCGUCUGUUGCGACACCGUCGGCUGUGUCAGGGGCGUGGUCUGACCAAAGUGGAGAACCAGUCCUGUUUCGAGGGGCGGGCUUAUUCCCAGGAACAGCCGCCACCCCCAACUGCAGCCUGGAGCCCCCUGCACGCUCCCCAAGGGGAGAAGCCGUUUGCAUGUGACGUUUGUGACAUGCGAUUUGGUCAGCGUUACCACCUGGAGAGACACAAGCGAGUGCACAGUGGGGAGAAGCCCUAUCAGUGCGAGGGCUGUCAGCAGACCUUCUCCCGGACAGAUCGUCUGCUGCGACACCGCCGGAUGUGUCACGGGCGUGGCCUGGGCAAGGUGGAGAACCAAUCCUGUUUUGAAGCACGGGCCUAUCCCCAGGAGCCUCCGCCUGCCCCUACAGCUGCCUGGAGCCCCCUCCAUCCUCCCCCAGGGGUGAAGCCCUUUGGGUGUGACGUGUGUGACAAGAGGUUUGCGCAGCGUUACCACCUGGAGAGACACAGGCGAAUGCACAGUGGGGAGAAACCGUAUCACUGCGAGCACUGUCAACAGGGCUUCUCCCGCACAGAUCGUCUGAUGCGACACCGUCGGCAGUGUCAGGGGCGUGGCCUGGUCAAAUUGGAUAACCAGUCCUAUUUUGAGGGACGGGUCUAUUCCCAGGAGCACAUGCCACCACCACCACUGCAACCUCCUCCACCGCCACCGCCGCCGCCGCCACCACCACCGCCACCCCCUCCGACAGCCGUCUGGAGCCCCCUGCACCCUCCCCAAGGGGUGAAGCCCUUUGGGUGUGACGUGUGUGACAAGAGGUUUGCGCAGCGUUACCACCUGGAGAGACACAAGCGAGUGCACAGUGGGGAGAAACCGUAUCAGUGUGAGCGAUGUCAGCAGAGCUUCUCCCGCACAGAUCGCCUGGUGCGACACCGUCGGCAGUGUCAGGGGCGUGGCUUGGUCAAGAUGGAUAACCAAUCCUAUUACGAGGGGAGGGCCUAUUCCCAAGAGCCGCUGCCACCACCACCCCUUCCACCACCACCGCCGCCACCUCCCCCGACAGCCGUCUGGAGCCCCCUCCAUCCUCCCCCAGGUCGCCUGGCCGUCUGACAGCCCCUUACCCACACCACCACCCUGGAAAAACACAAGCCACAAUCUGAUGGCGACACAGUCUGGAGCUCAGAAGCGCCACUGCCAGGCGCAGACCGGAACUGCAGCUCCAGUCAUGAGCAUCCAGAAGAGAGAGAGAUGAACGUUGUGUUUGUUUUUUAUUAUUAUUUUUAUAUUAGCUAGUUUGUGUCAGUUGGUGAUGGAUUAUUUUAUGCUUGGUUUAUCUGAUGUUUCAUACAGUUUCUCUGGUUUGUUAUUGUUUAGCUUUAGUUUUUUUAUUUACAUAUUACUGAAAGAUAGGGAAAGACAGGAUGGGUGGGUUAAGCAUGGCAGUGGUGAAGGGAGAUUUAUACAGGCAUGUAUGAAUAUGGUAGAAGUGAUAUGGUUGAAACAUUUACAUGUAGUUGUCUCUAUUAGAAGGUUUUUGGAUAAGGUACUACAGUGGGAGGUUAGGUUUUAUAAAUAGGGCAUGAGUUAUGAUGUAGAAAAAAGGGAGAAAAAGCAUUUUGUAUAUUUGCAAAUGGGAACCAUUCUGUUCUCAAUCCAGGGUUUUGGGUUGGUGCUUAGUCAGUUAGUUCCAUAACACUCAAUGAUAGAAAGAAGCCGCACAGAAUGAGGGUCAGUGAUAUUCUCUUACAUGGCAUAUAGAUGACCCAUGUAGAGCUACACAGAAGACUCAGGAUACAACACUUGAAGGCAGCUCUACCAGUUUUUCCUUUAAUUUUAUUCCUGUUGUUUACAGGCAUACUGUACAUUAGGCAAAUAACAGGUCUUUCACAAACCCUUAUGGCCUUCAGACAUGUGCAUAAGUGAUUUCUAAUUGUGACAGUAGUUUCCAUUUGUUUGUUUUACUUUACCUUGUGAAUGAGAUUGACAGUUGCUGCUGGUGCGUUUUAUGUUUCAGUAUUCGUGAUUAUGAGAAAGUGUUUGCUGAAGGCCUCCUGUGACAAGGGAAAGGUGUUUAGAGUUAACAGUGGCACAACUGACAAGGCAAAACAGACAAGUUAGGAGCCAGUAGGGGGAGAGAGCAGUCAGUGGAUUCAUCAUGUUUCAAUCACUUAACAGUGAUUCUGUGAAUGAAUUUCAAGGACCUUUUUUCUGGGAUUUUCUUAAACGCUGGAUUGACAGAUACAAGCUGAUGGCAAGGCUUCCAAAAUGAUAUAUCUUUUGUUUUUCAGUCCUUUGACAGAAGGGGACAGAACCACAAAAUCAUGAAAAUAAAUGACCAGUACUUGUAUUAGUAUUGUUUUCAAUAAUCAUAUUGUCUAAUAAUUUAAAUAUCCUAAGAGCCCUACAGUACCUCAGAUAAUUGCCGUGUUCUACUCCCCUUCCCAAUUCUAGUAAAUCUUCCUUAGGAAAAUUAGGAGAAUGAGAAAUUGUAUCUAGUGUAGUAGUCACAGAUUAGAAUUUGUUGUAACAGUCUUGCAUGCAGAGUUGUGGUCCUCACUUAAAUUAAAAGGAUCAUAAAUUCUUUGAAUAGAUAAAAGAUUUAGAUAAAAUACCUUUUUAUUAUUAAUAUUUACCCUCAUGAUCCAGGUAGUGGCACUGUAUGAAGUGAAGAGCAGAGCUUCCAUUAAGCUGAAAUAAACAACUUUUUCAAACGACA